CCACCUGCCCCGCUAUUGUCCUUCGACACCUCUGCGAGACACCGAAUUUGCGCGCGUUCAACCCACCUUCUCCCUCACCGCGCUUCCACGGAUACAGUCUCAGGCCGAGGCCGUCUUGAAGCUUUUGGGGAUACCAGCACACCAUAUAGGCUGAUUGGGAGCUCUUCCCGCCGCGCUGCAGCCCGCCAUGUCUCUGUCUAUAGAAGAACUCGACGCCACAGUGCGCGCCUUCUACGAGGGUCGCGGCGAAACCCAAAAACAAGCUCAAGCUACGUUGAACCAGUUCAAAGAGAACCCAGAUGCAUGGCUUCUUGUCGACAAGAUCCUGUCAGAUGCGCAAUACCCGCAGACGAAGUACCUGGGGCUACAAGUUCUCGACAAUGUGAUCAUGACGAGAUGGAAGGUUCUGCCACGCGACCAGUGUCAAGGCAUCCGAAACUUCAUCGUAAACUUCAUCAUCCAGCUCUCAAACAACGACGACAGCCGCCGCACCGAUCGCACCCUCCUAAACAAGCUCAAUCUCGUCCUCGUAUCCGUUUUGAAGCAGGAAUGGCCUCAUAACUGGCCGACCUUCAUCAACGAGAUCAUAUCAUCAUGCCACAGCAGUCUUGGAAUAUGCGAGAACAACAUGGUCAUCCUCCGACUACUGUCUGAGGAGGUUUUUGAUUACUCGGAAGAGCAGAUGACAUCACAAAAGCGCAGAGAGCUCAAGCAGAGCAUGUGUGACGAAUUCACCUCCAUCUACCAGCUCUGUUCGGAGGUGCUGCGAACCGCUACUGAGGCCUCCCUCAUCAAGGCAACCCUCGAGACAUUACUGCGCUUCCUCAACUGGAUUCCAUUAGGCUACAUCUUCGAGACGCCUCCCAGCGGCCAGAGCCUUAUCGAGACCCUACGGAGUCGAUUCCUUGAAGUGCCCGACUUCCGCAACAUCACCUUGAAGUGCUUGACUGAGAUUGCGGGUCUUCAUACUGAGCCUGCAUACGACGACAAGCUUGUCCAGAUGUUUACAGAGACAUUAACUGCAAUCUCGAAGAUCAUCCCUCUCUCGCUAGAUCUAAAGAGCACGUACUCGUCAAGCAAUAGCCGAGACCAGGAAUUUGUUCUGAACCUCGCGCUGUUCCUUACAAACUUCUUCACCAUGCAUUUGAACGUCAUUGAGAAUCUAAUGAACAAGGACUUCCUCACGCAUGGCCACUUUUACCUUAUUCGCAUAAGUCAGAUCGAUGAUCGUGAAAUAUUUAAGAUCUGCUUGGAGUACUGGACAAAGCUCGUCUCGGAGCUAUACGACGAGAUGCAAGCACUCCCAAUCACGGACAUGAACCCUCUUUUGAACAUGGGUAUCCCCGGCAAUGGUGCCCGUGAGUUGGCAAAUUACCCGUUGCGGAAAAACAAGUACACGGAGAUUCUAUCCAAUCUGCGAACGGUGAUGAUUGAAAAGAUGGUCAGGCCCGAGGAAGUGCUCAUUGUUGAGAAUGACGAGGGCGAGAUUGUGCGCGAAUUCGUCAAGGAGAGCGAUACAAUUCAGCUCUACAAGUCCACUCGAGAAUGCCUGGUGUUCCUCACCCAUUUGGACGUCAAUGAUACGGAACAAAUCAUGUCCGAGAAGCUAGCACGCCAGGUUGAUGGUACAGAGUGGUCGUGGGCGAAUUGCAAUACCCUAUGCUGGGCCAUUGGAUCUAUCUCCGGCGCCAUGAACGAGGAGACAGAAAAGAGAUUCCUGGUCACAGUUAUCAAGGACCUUUUGGGUCUGACCGAGAUGAAGCGAGGAAAGGAUAACAAGGCCGUCGUCGCCAGUAACAUCAUGUACAUUGUCGGCCAAUAUCCUCGAUUCCUCAAGGCCCACUGGAAAUUCCUCAAGACAGUGGUCAAUAAGCUCUUCGAGUUUAUGCACGAGACGCACGAGGGUGUGCAAGAUAUGGCAUGUGAUACUUUCAUCAAGAUUGCCAACAAGUGCCGUCGGCACUUUGUUGCGCUUCAGCCUGGCGAAACAGAACCUUUCAUCGACGAGAUUGUACGAAAUCUUAGGAAGAUCACCGCGGACCUGUCGCCUCAACAAGUUCACACGUUUUACGAGGCUUGCGGUUACAUGAUCAGUGCUCAAGGACAGAAGAGCAUGCAAGAGCGAUUGAUCCACGAUUUGAUGGCUCUACCUAACUCCGCUUGGGACAGUAUUAUCAGUCAAGCGAAUCAGAAUCCGGCCUGCUUACAGGACUCGGAGGUCAUUAAGAUUGUUGGCAAUAUCAUGAAGACUAACGUCGCAGCAUGCGGCUCGGUCGGAUCCUACUUCUACCCGCAAAUUGGCCGCAUAUAUUUCGACAUGCUUACGAUGUACCGUGCGAGCUCACAGCUUAUUGAUGAGGCUGUACAGCGAGAAGGCAACAUUGCGACAAAGAUGCCGAAAGUCCGUGGCCUUCGCACGAUUAAGAAGGAAAUUCUGAAGCUCAUCAACACGUAUGUUGAGAAAGCUGAUGAUUUGGAGAUGAUACACAACAACAUCGUACCUAAGCUGCUGGAAGCUGUUCUGAUUGACUACAAGAACAACGUGCCUGAUGCCCGCGAAGCGGAGGUGCUGAAUGUCAUGACCACAAUCAUCAACAAGCUACAUAGCAUGAUGGAAGACCAAAUCAUCAACAUCAUGGACAGUGUCUUCGAAUGCACUUUAGACAUGAUUAACAAGGAUUUCUCAGAGUAUCCAGAACAUCGCGUCGAGUUCUUCAAGCUUCUACGAACAAUCAACCUGCGCUGCUUCCCUGCGCUGUUGAGACUCGAUGCACGAUCAUUCAAGUUCGUCAUUGACUCUUGCAUGUGGGCCAGCAAGCAUGACAACCGAGAAGUAGAGAGCGCCGGUCUUUCUAUGUGCUUCGAGUUGGUCUCCAACAUGGCCGACACAGACCAACAAACGUGCAACGCCUUCUUCCAGACUUUCUUCACAACCAUUCUUCAGGAUGUAUUCUUCGUCGUCACUGAUAGUGACCACAAGGCCGGCUUCAAGUCUCAGUCAAUGUUACUGGCGAAGAUGUUCUGGCUUGUCGACUCGGAUAAGCUACAGGGUCCAAUUUACACGUCGCCGGAUAUGGCACCUGCAGGCACACCGAAUCGAGAGUUCUUGCGGAACUUUGUUGGCAAUCUGUUGGCUACCGCUUUCCCCAAUCUCCAGACUGCACAAAUUGCAUCGUUCAUUGACGGACUCUUCGCCACAAACUCCGAUCUCAACCGAUUCAAGAUCAUCUUGCGAGACUUCUUGAUCUCUCUAAAGGAAUUCUCUGGUGACAACACCGAGCUUUUCGCCGAAGAGCGCGAACAAGCAGCCAAGACCGCCAAAGAGCAAGAGCGUGAACGAGCCAUGAAGGUCGGCGGUCUGUUGAAACCGUCCGAGAUGGACGACGAUGAGUUGUGACUUGACGUGGAGUUGGACGCGAACGUUGCCACGCGUACGCCUUACGACGGUGAAUUUGCUCCGGACGAGACUACUAAUAGCAAGCAUUCAGGCGAUUUCGAUGGGUGGGAUGUCUAUGGCGUUUGAAUGAGAUAAAAGAGUAAAGAGCGGUAGUGUGGGUGCUGCGUUAGGUUGGAGGAGCAUGCAUCCGUUACGCGUCUGGAAUCCCAGCAGGAAGAUUUUCUUUUUCACAAGCGGUCUGAUAUCCCAUGGACCUUCUAGCUCUCUUGGUCUGAUGCAUGGAGAAGACAUGGCUGGCUUGGAGGGAGCGUGACUUACAGACAAAAAGUAUAGGAUGUUGCGGGUGUACAGACAGCCUGCUAGGCGCGUCUCGAAGGCGAACAAUAGAUACAAUCUUUACACUUCGCUGCU